AUGUUCACGGUAACUUUUAAGUAUCUUUGUUUAGAGAAUGGCAAGGUAAAAGAAAGAGACAUCCUCAUUCUGCCCCUGGACCUGACCGACAGAAGUUCCCACGAGGUGGCUACCAAAGUGGUUCUCCAGGAGUUUGGUAGAAUCGACAUUCUCAUCAACAAUGGAGGAAUAGCUCAGAAUUCUUGGAUUGUGGAUGCCAACAUGGAUGUCUUCAAGGAGCUAAUAGAAGUUAACUAUCUGGGGAUGGUGUCCUUGACAAAGUGUGUGCUGCCUCACAUGAUGAAGAGGAAGCAAGGAAAGGUCGUGACUGUGAAUAACCUCACGGCGAUGACAUCAGGGCCUCUUGCCGGUGGAUAUUGUGCCAGCAAAUAUCUUUAUGGGUAA